AUGUAUGCCACUUCCUUCAUCAAUCUGGCCUUCGCGAGCCUUGUCAUGGCUUCGCCCCAAGGCGUUCCCGAUAAGCCAAUCGUGUUCUGGGCGCGCCUCUACGCCGACUCAGCCGACUGCAGCGGUGCAGCGAGCUACAGCUACCUCUCUACCCAAGGCAAUUGCAUCAACAGGACUGUCCCCGGAACCGGCUCUGCGAUUAUCCGCAUUGGAGAGGCUGGCAAGUACUACCUUGCAGGAUGGACCGAAUCUGAUUGCAAAGGCAAAGUCGUCCUUGUGGAAACGAACCCGGAAGUCUGCACCGAUUUGGGUGGCACCGAAGUUAAAAGCUGGUCUGAUGACCUGAGCCCAUUCGGGGAGGAAAGAGUGGCUUUGAAUAUGUGA